AUGGAUUUUGAUGUUAUUAAGGCUAUAUUAAGUAAGAAAGAGGAUUUUUUGAGGCGCCAUCUGGUGUUGUCCACGUCAGUAAUAAAUAAAUUGAGACAGAUGGACGUCAUCGGAAAAUAUACAAGAGAUCAAAUGUUGGCUAACAAAACGGAUGUUGACAAGCAAAUGACACUUCUGUCGAUAUGCCUGAGAACACGGGGUCUUCCAGCUUUCCAAGGAUUUCUACACGUUUUGCGCAUGACCUUUCACGGCUGGCUUGCAGAUGACAUUUUGGAUACUAGUAUAGAUAUUGGUGGCAUGUCAACAAAUGUUGGAAACACUAUAGCUGUUCGCGAUAUCCUAAACCAAAUGUAUCAGAAUAAAGUACAAAGUGAGCAGUUCCAGUACAAGCCGAUAUAUCUCGCUGAAUCAGAGUAUCCAUAUGUACCAUAUUUUCCAAAAGGGCAAGGCUAUCGACAUGAACCAAACGCAAGGCAUCCUUUUACUGAGCCAGACGCCAAAAGACAAACACGUUCGGAGCACCAAAGCAGAAGACAUGAAUACACUUCCGCUUCUAACAAUAACGAAGUCCCACUGAGCGAACAAGUACCCGAAAAUUUACGAUAUCUUCAGACGGCUUUUGACAGCGAGUCAGCAGCAACUCGCAAAUCAAUAUCCGUGUUGAGACAAGAGGAGAUAACCAUCAAAGCACUCCUACAAAACAACUUAAGAGAGCAGCAAGAUCUACUUUCCCGCCAGCAAGCUUUGGAAGAAAUAAAGGAUAAAAUAAAAGAAUUAAAUAGAACAGCAACGCAGCUGUACAGACCGGAACCUGAUGUGCACGUCUCGAAGAAGAGACUGAAACAUCUGCAGCGAAUUCCAUGGACAGACAAAGACUAA